AUGCACAAAUGUCAUGGGCGGUGUACUUAUAGCGUUGCAUCUCCCAGAGUUCUAAAUAGCACAAAACUACUGCACCCAGGGGCCCACAGGUCUGGUGCUCCCAGAACCCUCUCAGAAGCGGCGGUGCCUCAGGGCCCUCCCAAGCAUGGUGAUGCUACCAGAAACCCACCUGAGGGACUGCAGCGCCUCCUUCUACCCUCCCUAGAGGCGGUGGCGCCUCCAUGGACACUCCAGAGACAGUGGCUCCCCAGGGACUCUUGCAGAGAUCCUCCACAGGGGUGGUGGCGCCAUGACCCUCCUAGGGACGAUGGCGCCUCAGGGACCCUGACGGUGUCCCCAGGGACCUUCCAUGGGGCUCGUGCUCUCAGAGGUCCUCUCAGGAUGGCGCCUCAGAGAACCCUCACAGGUGCAGUAGCGCCCCCAGUGACCUUCCUAAGGGUGGCGGUGCCUCCAGGGGCUCUCUCAAGGUCGACAGUUCCCCUAGAGGUCCUCCCGGGGAUGGUGGCAUCUCUAGGGACCCUUUCAGAGGCGGUAAGUUCCCAGGGACCCUCUCAAAGCGGUGGUGCCUCCAUGGUCCCUCCCAGGGACGGCAGCGCUGCCAAGGACCCUGCCAGGGAAGGGGGUACCUUCAGGCACCCUCCCAGGGGUGGCGACACGCCCAGGGACCCUCCCAGGAGCGGCAGCGACCCGAGGGACCCUUCCAGGGGCAGCAGGGCAUUUAGAGACCAUCUCAGGGACGGUGGAGCUCCAUAUUACACUUCCAGGGGCGGUGACAUCCCCAGGGAUCACCCAGCGACACUCCCGGGAGCAGCAGCACCUCCAGGGUCUUUCCGAGUGGGCGUCGGCGAUCCAUGGACACUCCCACGGAAGGGCGGUGUCCCCAGGAACCAUCCCAGGGGUGGUGGCGUUCCUAGGGGCCCAUUUUCUAUGGGCGGUAGUGGCGCCUCCUAG